AUGUUUGACGAGAGCCUUUUGAACUAUAACAGAGCGUAUUUUAAGUAUGAUCUUGAUUAUUUUGAACCCGAACCGGUGGAAUUGAAUAUCAACCACGAGAGUUCAGCUUCAGAGUUCAGGUAUUACGAGGAGUUUGACACGGGUCACUACAUGUGUAGGGAAAAUUAUGCCUUCAACAAGGUUAUGGGAUUUGUGAGUGAAGGUUUUGAACGCAGACUAUCAAACAACAGAAGAAUUAUCGCAGGUGAACGACAGGUGAUUUGGAGCACCUCUGAAGUGACCCACUACGCACGUCACAUUACAGUUAAACUCAACAACAUUUACAAGAAUAACAAAAGUAUCAUUUUGCAUUUAGUAAAUGGAGAUGUAAAGAGACUCAGUUUGAUAAAUGGUAAGUGGGUUGAAAAUAGCAGAACUGAGUUGGAUAUUACCAAGGGAUGUGAAACUAAAAGGUACAAAAUAUCAGGCGAGGGAAGGAUUAUAAAUUUUCAGACGUGCGACGGCUAUGUGUUUAAUAGAAUAGUUCAAUCUCAAUCGGUAUUUUUCGACAAUAAAAUGACCAUUUGUGAGGCUGAGAAUGGCUUGGAAUGCUCAAAAUCUGUUUCAAUGUUUUCAGGAGAUAAGGGUUCCAAAUAUCUCGCAGUGCUAAUGGUCAAUAAUGACUACCAACUGUUUUACAAGGCGAAUGAUAAGAAGGGCUGGAAAAACAUAACGCGAAAGAGGCUCACAAGGAACAUUUUUAGGAGACAUAAAAUUGAAAAAACAAUACUAAAAAACUUGGAGGGUGGAUUUUAUGAAACCGCCAUCUAUGAUAUGUAUUAUAUAGUAAGACUUUUGAGGAAUAAUAAGGGGAGAAUUGGGUUUUAUAUUUACCAAGACCAAGUUAAUUGUGACUACUAUUACACAAACCUCAUGACAAAUCGGGUCGUUGUUACUCACAACGGCAUGUUUUUGGAAGUUGAUCCCAAGAAGAACAUUUACACCAAUAGGAAUUAUGAUUUGGAAUUCUACAAUGAAUCUGACUAUGAUAAGAGUGUCAGUCCCGACUCUGGCAAUGACCGCCUUUUUGACCCAUUUUUUUGUUACAAAAACAACAGUUUCAAGACCAAAUCUGUAGCCAUCACAGAUGUUCAAAAGCGCUUUUUCAAUGAAUCCAAACCACAAAAACAUAACAAUUUAAUCCCCAAACUUGAAAAUAUUGCAAUAAAACCUCAACAAAAUAAUAAAAACAUCAACCUGGACAACUUGGAUCUUAGUAGUAAUAGUGAUGAACUGAGUAGUAACAAUGAUGAAAUCGAUUUGGAGGAGUUGAGGGGAAUAACGUUGGAUAUAAGAAACAAAGAGGGUGUAAAUUAUUACUGCUAUAGGGAUGAUGAGUAUGUGCAGUUUGACUGUAAAAACGGCUUCAAAUUUGACAGAGUGAUUUUGUGUGGGAGUUUAUACACUGACACUAAGAUCAUUUGGGAGCAAAAUGACCCGACUGAAAUAGUUAGACAUGUGUCACUUUUAGAUGGAACUGUUAAAUAUGUGAUUAUAUUUUCAAGCUAUUACAGAUAUAAGUUAUUCAAGUGCUCAUCUGAUAGGAGUUGGGAAAACAUAAGCGAAAAUGUGAUUAAAAUGAGUAAAUUUACCUUUUACGACCACUGUGACAGGAGAGUUGACCCUUCAGAGCUCUCUGUGGAUUUCUUCAAAUUCCAAUUUGAACUUAAAAUUAACUGCAAUAAAGUAGUCUACGACGAGACUAAAAUCUGCGAAUCUGGGGAGGUGAACCAUAAACUCAGGACAAUGGUAGUCAAACUUCUGGAAAACAGAGUUGACCUAUUCUACACUGAGAAAUUAGUAAAACGGUUACUAAUUAAAGAUAAUAAAGUACAAAUCUCAAUUCAUAAUGUCUGUGAUCAUCAUUCUUUCCAUAAACCUACACUUAAACAAUCUAAUCCCAUUACCAGUUAA